AAAAGUGUAGGGGCAUCUGGGGUAAUACGCACUGUCGAGGCAAAACGCACCCCCUUUGUUUUUCAGGGAUUAUCGGUUUUAGAGCUUUGAAACCUUAUCAGUCUAAUAGAACGUCUUAACAAAUGAGCAUCUGGAAAAUUUCACAUAUCUGCGUUACGUAAUUAGUGAGAAAAAUGAAUAAAAUUGAAAAGCACGAUUCUGAUGUAAUUUUCCCGAUCGUUUGUCGAAUGAUUUGAUGGUGAAAACCGACCAAACAUCUAAUGCUGUUGUGUUUCUUCAGUUCAUUGAGGGCAAUGCUAAGCAUAGGAAAAAUAACUUAAACAGUAAUCUACAUAAAUUAUAUGUUUUAAACUAUUUUAUUUUUUGCUAUUGAUUGGGGCAAUAUGCACUCCAUUGGUUGGGGCAAAACGCACCUAUAGAAAACAAGCUGUAAUAAUAUCUAUGAGUGCUCUGUAAGUAAUCGCAAACAAAAUUGAGCUAUUGUUUGUCUUAAAACCUUAUAAAACAUGCAUUUUGUCUAAGAAGUAAAAAGAUUUCUAAACUCGACGGUGCAUCUUGCCUCAAUGUUGUGGUGCGUCUUGCCCCUUUGUUUGAGUGCAUCCUGCCCCAUUGUUGUAGUGCAUUUUACCCCGAGCAAGGGUGCAUACUGCCCCGCAUAAACAUACGAAGCCGUAAUGUUAGUCUUUACAAAAAACGUUAUUUUCAAGAGCUGAACUGUAUUAAGGCUGAAAUUUUGUUUGGUUUCUCUUAGAAUGAAAGUAUAUGCAAUGAAUGCAUGCAUUAAACCAAUAAAUUAUUGCCUUUUUAUAUGCAUUUGGACGCAUCUUCCUUAAGUGGUGCGUAUUACCCCAGAAUCCCCUAAACUUCUGUUGUGAGUUUGUAAUAUUCUUGGGAAAGCCCUUCAGCUAUGAUGCGACUAUUCAUCUCAAUAAGUAUGCUGCUAGCACAAGUGUUUUGCAGUGAAGUACCAAUCGCUGAAAGUUCGUCCAUUGUACAAGGCUUUGAUAUCGACAUCACCGCUGCUCCGUAUCAGAUCUCACUACAGAUAUUAGGCCGUCACAGAUGUGGAGGAUCGAUAAUUUCUACGACAUGGGUUUUAACGGCAGCACAUUGCACUUUCGGAAUUAUCCUACCCUAUUUGAGUGUUAGAGUUGGAUCUACAAAGCAAGCAUCGGGCGGCGAAAUCAUUCUCAUCAGAAAAAAAGUUCUGCAUCCAACACAGGGAAAAAUUUCUACUCAGUGUAUAUUUGAUUACGACUUCUCUCUGGUACAGUUGGCACGACCAGUGACCCUGGGAAGUAAUUGUCAAAUCAUUCCUCUACCAGCACCGAAAGAACCUGUCCUAGAUAAUACAGUUUGUUUUACGUCUGGAUGGGGUAGUACUGGAGAGGAUCUUAGUAAGCCCACUGAAAUCCUUCAGGCCACUUACGUUCAAGUGUAUAAUCAGCUGCAAUGCAAGCAAGCAAAUCCUUGGUUGAUAAUUACAAAUCGUAUGAUAUGUACCGGUUCCCAUGAUCGAACGGGUGCAUGUUCUGGUGACUCAGGUGGUCCAUUGGUAGCUAACGGAAGGCUCAUAGGAGUUGCAUCGGCGGCCUAUAUAGCGAACUGUGGUGAUCCCAAAUACCCAACCAUUUAUGCACGCGUGGCAACCGUACGUUACUGGAUACGUAAUGUUGCAAAUGUUUAAUGUAUAUUAGUUAAAUUUCUCUCAUAACGAA